AUGGCCCCAUCAAUCCAAGAACUACCAAUUGAGGUCCCUUCAGUCUCGCUCGAGAAGCUCAAUCUCGCGAACAAGGAGGCACCAAAAGUUAAGCGACAAAUCGAAGUCGAAGGAGGCAAGACAGAUGCAAAGUACCCUCACUAUCUCCCAACCUGGAACCACGGUCAAAAAUACCCAGCGCUCGAACCCUUCAACCACGUCGACCCCGGCCUCUCCGCCGACUCUUCCUUCCCAGACCUCCUCCCCACCGGCACAAAACACAUCAAGUUAACCCCCACAACGGGCUCCGAAAUCCACGGCAUCCAACUAAGCAGCCUCACCUCCGCAGGAAAAGACCAACUUGCCCUCAUCGUCGCCCAACGCAAAGUCGUCGCCUUCCGGGACCAAGACUUCGCCGACCUCCCCCUCCAAACCGCCCUCGACUUCGGCCGCCACUUCGGCCCUCACCACAUCCACCCAACCUCCGGCUCCCCCGAAGGAUUUCCAGAACUGCACAUCGUCCACCGCUACGGCAAGCCCGGGACUUCUGAAUUUGAUUCCUUCCUCGCAGGCCGCAACUCCAGUGUCUCAUGGCAUUCGGACGUAUCUUAUGAGUUGCAACCGCCUGGCACCACAUUCCUGUACCAGUUCGAUGCCCCUGAGACAGGUGGCGACACGUUGUUUGCGAAUCAGGUUGAGGCGUACAACCGGCUCAGCGAGCCGUUGAAGGAGCGAUUGCAUGGCCUUAAGGCAGUACACUCAGGGUUCGAACAAGCGGCUUUCAGUAGAGACAAAGGAGGCGUGGUGAGACGGGAGCCGGUGAAGAAUGAACAUCCGCUCGUGAGGACACAUCCGGUUACGGGGGAGAAGGCUUUGUAUGUUAAUACCGGGUUUACACGCAGUAUCGUCGGUCUCAAGAAAGAGGAGAGUGAUGCGCUGCUGGCGUUUUUGUUUAAUCAUAUUGGGAGGGGUAUUGAUUGGCAAGCUAGGGUUAAAUGGGCGCCGGGGACUGUUGUGGUGUGGGAUAAUCGUGUUACAGUUCAUUCGGCGACUCUGGACUGGGAUAGUGGAGAACGCAGACAUCUGGCUAGAAUCACACCACAAGCUGAGAAGCCGUAUGAGACUGAAUAUGUUAGGAAGGAGGGUAAAUGA